AUGGAGGACGCUGGCCAAGAGAUGCCCCCUCUGGGCUAUGGGGAGGUGCUGAGAGCCACAGUUGGACUUAUAAGGGCGGCUGGGGAACACCCAGCUCUCCACAUUGUUAUCCUCUCACCUGUCCACACCUGGGCCAACCUGAGGCUCUUCUCCCGGCAGCUGGGCGAGGCCUAUGGCUCGGUCUUCACCGUCUACCUGGGGCUGCAGCGAGUCGUGGUCUUGAGCAGCUACAAUGUGGUGAAGGAGGCCCUGGUGGACCAGGCAGAGGACUUCAAUGCGAUAGGGCAGAUACCGUCCUUCUCCAAGGAUUUCAAUGAUCACGGGGUGACCUUUUCCAACGGCGAUCGGUGGAGGCAGCUUCGCAGGUUCAGCCUCACCACCUUGAGGAAUUUCGGGAUGGGGAAACGGUCCAUCGAGGAGCGGAUCCAGGAGGAGGCCUGGUGCCUGGCAGAGGAGUUCCGUAAGUUGCAAGGGAGGCCUCUGGAGAAGUUCAUAAUUAAAGGAUUGGGACGCACUUUGAUCCCACCGUCAUUCAAGAGUACUCAUUACCAGCUCCUCUUUUUUUAUGGAAAAGUGUGA